AAUCGGUCAACAAGGAGAUGUUCGAGCACAUCAAGGAUCUUGUGGAAGCGGAUGAUUCGGGUCCAAGGGCGUGGAAACUACUACGUGAUGUGGUUCAGCCCAACACUCUCCUGAUGGUGAUCGUGCUCGAGAAGGAACUUGCUGCCAUCUCCAUGCAACCAGGGGACGAUGUGAAGCCGGUCCUUGACAAGAUCAAGGACACCUAUGCAAGGAUGGCAGCAGCGGGCAGCAGUGUAUCUCAGCUGCAGCAGUGCACCAAGAUCAUCUCGGUGUUGGACAACUCUUGGGACAACCUCAUCCCCACCCUCAACUCUCAACAAGAUCAAUGGACACCUGAGUGGCUAAGGCAGCAGAUUCUGCAGGAGGACUUCCGCAGACGCCAUGUGGGAGGCGGUGCUGCCACUAAGACUGCUGAGGGGUAUGGAGCUGCAGGGCGCGGCAGAGGAAGAGGGGGUUGGAGAGGCCGAGGCCGUGGGAGGAGCUUUGGCAGAGGUAGAGGCCGAGGUGACUAUAAUGAGGGCAUGGGAGCUCCAGUGGCAGGGGAGUACCAGAAUGGAGGGCACCUGCUGGUACUGCAAGAAGGUCGGGCAUCCUUGGUUCAAGUGCUUCAGCAGGCCGGAGGGAUGGGCACCUCCAGGCAUGAAGCCGCCCAGUGGUGAACGCGCACAAGGUGGUGCUGUGCAAGGCUCAGGUGCACAAGGUGAAGGUGCACAAGGUAAUGCCUAUCCUGGGAUGUUUCUUAUGGUUGAGGAUGUGCAUGGGCAUGAGGGUGAUGUGGGAUCUGUGGGAAAGGUUGUGAUGCACCCUCUCACGCACUGGGUGAUUGAUUCAGGUUGCACCAGUCACAUGACCCCACGGGCAGAUUUGCUUGAUGAGGUAAAACCCCCUGGGAAGAUCAAGUAUGUGGCAGCAGCGUCAGGUGCUUUGCUCCCUGUCAUUGGUGUUGGAAAUGCCAAGGUUAAGGGAGCUAAUGGGGAGCUUGUGGGGCUUGGGAAUGUUCUGCUGGUUGAAGGCUUGUCUGCUAACCUUCUCUCUGUGCGACGACUGCAGAAGAGCAAGGCCGAAGUGACCUUUGGACCAACCAGCUGCCAUGCUAAGCUUGGGAAGAAGGUGCUGUGGAGUCUGGAAGAGGAGACCAGCUGCAUCAAGGACCUGUGGCAGCUGCCCAUCAUCCCAUGGAAUGGGAAGACUCCAACAGCAGCAACGGCAGCAACGGCAAAGGCAACAGCAGGAGGAGAUGCAACUGCACCAACUGAUGGGGUCCUGGAAGCAGUCAAGAAAGUGCAGCAGCAGCAGACACAUGGCGAGGUGCUUGCUGGUGUGGAUGCGAGUGCGGCAUGGGCUAAGGCUUCAUCAAGGAGUGGAGAGGCCGAUUGGGAGACAUGGCAUGAGAGGCUGUGUCAUGUGAACUUCCCUAUGCUGCAGAAGUUGGUGAAGGAUGGGAGCCUGAAGGGCUUGGAGGUGAAAGGGGGAGUGAAGGAGAUUGGGAGCUGCCCUACAUGCUUGGAGACCAAGUUCUCCAAGUUCCCCUUCAACAGCACUACAGGACCAGCCAAGACCCCACUUGCACUUGUGCACAUGGAUGUGGUGGGGCCCACAAGAGCCCCUUCCCUCUCAGGCAGCCGCUAUUUCUUGACAAUUGUGGAUGACCACACUCGGGCAGUGUGGGUUUACCCUUUGAAGAGCAAGGGGGAGGUGGCAGCGGCUGUCCUUAAGGAGUGGAUGCCUAGAGCUCAGAGGGAAUGCGGAUACAAGGUGAAGGUGAUCCGCAGUGACAAUGGUGGGGAGUUCAUUGGAGCUGAUUUUGAGGGGGAGUUGAAGAGGAAGGGGAUCCAGCAUCAACUGACAGUGCCCUACAACCCGCAGCAGAAUGGCGUGGCUGAGAGGUUCAACAGGACCCUGCAGGAGGGGGCACGCACUCUCCUUGGGCGUGCAGGGCUGCCUGAUCCGUUUUGGGUGUCUGCACUGAGGCAGGUCGCCCUUGUGAAGAAUAGGGUGCUGGCUACAGUUGGAGAUAAGGAGUGGAUCCCAUAUGCCAAGUGGUAUGGGAGUGCUCCAGCGGUGAACAUGCUGAGGGCAUUUGGGUGCAUGGUGGUGUUUCAUGUGCCCAAGGAGAAAAGGGGGAAGUUGGAGGCUUCUGGAAGAUGGGGUGUGCACUUGGGGAUUGCAAAGGAUCACAAGGGGUGGCUGCUAUGGGACCUGACCACCCAGAAGCUGACAGUGUCAAGGGAUGUGAAGUUUCUUGAGUCCCUGUACUAUAAGGAAUGGAAGCAGCAGCAACAGAAGCUUCCAUCUACACCGCUCAUUGUGGAGGCAGAUGAGGUGCAGCAGCCUUCAAGACAGGUGGAGGUUGCAGUGGCAGAGGAGGAGAUGUCUGGGGUGACUGAGGAAGGGGGAGCAGCUGAAGUAGAGCAGCAGCAGCAGCAGCAGCAUGAGUCUCCACCUCGAGUUCCACACCCGCCUGAGCGUCCUAGGAGGGAUGUGCGCCCUCCUGUGAGGCUGACCUAUGGGGGAAGAGGCAAGCCGAAUGUGGUGCAGGCUGGGAGUGUGGUUGAGCAGAUUGAGGAAGAUGAGAUCGCUCACUGCUACUGGGCACCAAUCCCUGAGUACAUGGCCUUACACCAUGGGGCCAAGGAAGUAGUGUGGCUAAGGCGUUUGUUGGAGGAGUUGGGAGUUGGUCAGGAGAAGCCGACAGUUGUGUUUUGUGACAAUGAGUCCGCUGUGAAGCUCGCCAAGAAUGCUUGUCUGCAUGGGCUGACAAAACACAUAAGGCCUAAGUGGCAUUGGGUGAGGAGAAUCCUUGAUAAGGAGGUGCGGCUGGAGAUAGUGAAGACCCAUCAGCAGGCAGCAGAUAUUUUCACUAAGCGUCUGGCGGAGGCGGAUCAUUGGAAGGGCAUGAAGCUUGCUGGGAUGAGUGUGCAUUGAGUAUGCAUGCUUGAGAUGUG